AUCUUCAUGGUGAAUUAGAACAAGAAAAGUGGGAAGAAAUUCCUCAGAAUAGAGCUUAUUCAGUAACAUUUGCUGAAGAAAAUGAAGAAAAUGAUGAUAAAGAAACAAGGUUUAUAAGACAUGAUACACCUCAUCCACGAGAACUGAAAGCCAGACAUGGGAAAUUAUUUGUUCAGAAAGGACAGAAUAUCGAUGGGCAUGUGAUAAUCCCUGCCAAAGAAAAAGAAGUCAUCACUACAGAAAACUUUCGACCACAAAGAUCAAGUCCAGUUUCCAGCAUCGUAUCUGAAGAAUCUCUUUCUCACAAAAAAGAAAACAAAUAUGAAGAAAGUGAAAAUGUUACUCUUUCUGAAGACAAUAUUGAUGAAAUUUCUGUGGAAAACAAGAAAGAAAAUUCUAUGAAUCAGAGUAAAGAUGAGACAUUGUCAGAGAAUUCUGAACCCGAAGAAAGCUUAGAAUGGGAUGAAAAACAUGUCGGAUUUAUGUCUGAUACAGAAGAUCAACCAGAACGACAUAAAAAAUUACAUCGGCGAGACACACCACACCAUUUAAAAAAUAAACGGAUUAAUAUUGUUAACUCUAAAGAGGAUCAAGAAAAGGUAGCUUCAAUUUUAGCACAAGUCGUAAAGAAAGAACAAACAAAAGAACCUCUACCAUCUCCCCCACCUUCUCCACCUCUAUCGCAUCAUUCUGAAAUUCAAACGGAUGGAGGACAGACACAUUCCAGUGUCGAUUCGAUGUCUGCCAUGGUUGACACUGUUGAAGAACAACUCGUUAUUGAACUCGCCAAACAGCCUUGCGGAUUAGGACUGAGCAUUGCUGGAGGUAAAGGAUCAACUCCGUACAAAGGUGACGAUGAAGGAAUCUUUAUAUCUCGAGUAACCGAAGAAGGACCUGCAGAACAGGCCGGUCUCAGAAUAGGUGACAAACUUCUUACGGUGAAUGGCGUGUCUGUAGUCGAUGUGGAUCAUUUUGAAGCUGUCAACAUUCUUAGAGCAGCAGGUGAUCAUUUAACUAUUCAUAUAAGUCGAGAAACAUCAAAACAAACACAGCCCGUAUUGCAACAGUCAUUUACAGAAAAUGUGUUUGAACCAGAAGCAACAGAAAAUAAUCAUGUUUCUGAGACCAUACAAGAAGAUACUCCCAUUACACCAAAUGACACUAUAUCAGAAGAUAAGAUUGAUUACGUUGAUUCAAAGACUGUGAGUUCAACUUUAGAUACGUCAGUAAGUGAUAGUAGUAAUCAUGUAAGCAAUUAUGUAGCUACUCCAGUUCCACAGGCAACUGAAAAUGAAAUGUACGCUAAACAAGAGCAAAUUGUUUAUACUACACUCAAAAAGGAUCAGAACGGUCUUGGCUUAUCGAUUUCUAAUGAAUACAGUACUGGACUUCAACAUAAAAACAACGGCAUCUACAUAACUGACAUAACAGUUGGUGGUGCCGCAGAGAAGGAUGGCAAACUACAAGUGGGAGAUAAAAUUUUAUCGAUUAAUGGAAUCAAUACGGAGGGACGAACAUUCGAACAGGCUUUGACUUUGUUAAAUGGAACUGAUCGUUUUAUUCGUUUAGUCAUUCAGAGAGAGAAAGGAAAUAACCCAGCUAGAAAAGACAGUGUAUCUGAAUCUGGAAUAACACUGUUAAAUAAAACAAAGCCAGUCGGAUUACCAAGACCAUAUUCUGGAGUUUAUUCAACAGAUUCCUAUUUGGCAAACAGGCCAUCGUACACCGGAUAUUCGGAUAAGAAGCCAAUGUAUUCCAUUUAUACGAAGUUACCUGGUUUAAGAAAUGAGCCAAUCACAGUCACAUCUAAUCCGCUGAAAGUUACCACAUCUAACUAUCCACCUAUAUCUUCUGCUACGGCAGCCACGACUACUUCUACACUAUCGACGACCAAGAGCGUGACGACAAACUCUUCUCAACAGAACUCUUUGGAGGCAUGUCAUUUAUACAGACCACAACACUGUUCCUAUACUGGAAGUCUUGAAAACCAAACCACCACUACAUCGGCACAUUCGCAGGUGAAUAGCAUUCCGGUUGCCAUACCAUCUAAUUCCGUCCAGACAUACAGACCUGUCGGUUCUUCCGAAAAGACUAGUGUUGUGUCAAAGUCACCACUUGAUUCUCUUGUACAGUCAGUGUCUGAAGAUUCUGCCAUGAGGCAUCGGGGACCUCUUGUUACUGUAACUAUCCAACAACCAGAACCAUAUGUACAAUUAAGUCCCAAUUUUCCCCCUUGUCCAAAAGAAUUGGGAAAAAUUACAGAAGUUAUUACUAGGACAACAUUCACAGAAACUACCACCACUAGAGUGACCAAUAAUCAACUUGUGCUUCCAUCUUGUCAAGAGGAAAUAAAACUAGUCAAAGCCGGUGGGCCUUUAGGAUUUAGUAUUAUUGGUGGAGUUGAUCAUUCUUCUUUGCCUUUUGGGAAGAAUCAACCAGGCAUAUUUAUAUCUAAGAUCGUCCCAGAUGGUGCUGCUGCAAAAACAGGGAAAUUAAAAGUCGGAGACAGGAUUAUAAAAGUAAAUGGCACUGAUAUUCAGGCAGCCACACAUACAGAAGCUGUAAUGGCUCUACUUUCUCCGAUAUAUGAGAUGACUCUAACCGUCAGUCACGAUCCCCUACCUCAAGGUUGGCAGGAAUUAACAAUAGAGAAAAAGAAUGGCGAGAAAUUGGGAAUGAAUAUUAAAGGAGGAACAAGAGGUCAUCCUGGAAAUCCCUUCGAUAAAGAUGAUGAAGGCGUUUUCAUUUCUCGAAUAAAUAGUAAUGGUGCUGCUGCAAGAGAUGGAAGAUUGAAACCAGGAAUGAGAUUAAUUGAGGUGAAUGGUACUUCACUUUUGGGAGUUUCUCAUCAAGAAGCUGUCCACGCUCUUCGUAAUGCAGGUAGCGUGAUUCAGCUCAUAAUCUGCGAUGGUUAUGAACCAGAAGAAAUCGAAGACAUAAUGAAAUCUGCUCUUUCUCUUUCCUCAAUUGAUCGUGAAGAUGAAGAGACAGAAAUUAUUAGACAAGAGCAACAAAUGAUGGAAGAAACUAAUCAAUGGGAAAGAGAAAAACAAGGUAAAUAUGCCAUCGUUCCUCAUUCUGCAAAAACUGUCGACCAGAAAGUACUCGAAGUAGUUCAAGCUGCAAAGCAAUUGGUUCAUCCAGAUCUUUUAGGCAAUGAUAAUACUCCAACAAAGGAAAGAAAAACAACUACUGUUUUAAUGACAAAGCAUACAGUUAAUCCCCCAACUGCAAGCACUCCAAAUGUAUUAAGAAAUAACGAAGCUCUACCAUUGCCUCAUAACAUUUCCCCAGUAUCAUCUCCAGUUCCUCCGACAGCUAAUAACUCUUUGAAUCCAGACAGUGAUAUUAGUGGAAGUACAUUGGAUGGAUCAUCCCUAGAUCCAGUCUGUAAUUCUAAGCAUCCUGGUGCCAAACCAGUUUCCACUAAACCUCAGAAGGAUAUGCAACAUGUAUACAAAUCCGAGCCAGAGUAUUUAACAUUCAGUGAGAAAAAGCAUAAAUUUGAGAAGGCCAGUUACGAACCUGUGAUAAAAGAAACUGCAAAAAUAAAACAGUUUAAUUAUUUAUCUCAGAAUGAAGUACGGUGCUCAGAAGAAGAAAAGAAAUUGGCUCCAAUUUUGGGAAACCAGAAUAAAUCAUGUCAUUCUGUAGAUAAAAAUUCCGAUGACUGUACUUCACUUUCUGAUAACCAUAAUGGAAAUCACACAAUAUUGGAUAGUGAAAGGAUAAAGGAGCAGUACUCCAGCAACGUAUGAAUGUUUUCGACCUCAUCAUUGAUUCCAGUUAAUGAAACCUGUCAUUUGCUAUCUUCCUACUGAACAAGUGCGAGUGACAAUUGGAGUUUUCCCAUCAACAUUUCAAGAGUGAAAAGAGGCUGCCUUACCUUUGAACACUUUUGUGAUCAUUGUCAAAUAUAUACCAUCAUCAUAUCAUAUUUUUCAUUUGUGCUUAAGCCAUAGGAAUUAUUUUAACUUUUUAGUCAAUUCCUAACAGUUUGUGGAAUAGUUUAGCAAUCUUGCUUUUUAGCAUUGCCAUACAAGUGCCUGUUAAUCAUUUACAAAGUACAGUACAGAAAAGACAGCAGUGAUAAAGCAGUGUUUUAAGGAACAUUCCUGGAUCAAAAUAAUGUUUUGAGUAAUAUAUACAAGCAAAUUUAUCACCUUCACAUGCCAGAAGUAAAUGUUUGUUGUUUACAAACAACAACAUAUAAAAAAGCUAAACUAAACAUUUUCUUUAUUUUUUUUUAAUUUUAUGUUUGGCUUUAAGUUUUAAAGACUAGCAGCUUUAUUUAUUUUUGUUAUCACUUUUUAAAAAAAAUAAAAAAUAAAAGUAAAAUGAUUAGAAUUAAAUUUUCUUUUUAGAAACCAGAUCUGGGUUUUUCCAGUAUAAAAAUAAAAAGGAAUAUUAAAACUUAAGAAUGUAGAACAAUUAUCAAUAGCAUUUAGGUUAUUAAAUAAAUAUAUUUUUAUUAAAAUGCUUGUAUACCAUAUUUCAGUUUAGAAUCCAAAUCAUUAAAUGGUUUUUUUAAUAAGUUUUCCAUCAUUCAAGGAAUGUUUGUAAAUAUUAUACAUCAUACAGUUUAAAAAGGUAUCAUAUGAUUUUUCUCUGGUGAUUUAAAAAUUUUAUAUGAAGUAAAAUACUGGUUUUUUUUAGGUCUGUGAUAAAUCUUUAUUCUUAAGUAAUCAUUGUCAUUUUUCAUUAAUUAUAAAGGAU